AGCUGGAAGAUCGGAUUAAAAAACUGUUGGAACCAAAACAUUGGAUAAGUCGUAAAAUGACAUAAGAAAGCAGACGAUCGUGCGUUGAAUUUUAGAAUUUUUUUGUUUUGCAUUAUCAUAAAAAAGUGAAUUCGUAUGCGGUUUUUUUCUGCAAACGAUUAUUUAAUUUUUUAUUCUUUUUGUUUUCUUGAGUUUACCUUUUAAGUUUACUCCAUUAAUGGCUCAAGAAGAAAAUGAAGAAGACUUUCCUGGUCGUUUAUUGCACCAAGCUGCUUUGUGGGGAAAUGCUGAGUUACUGGAAGAUCUCCUUCAUGGGGAAAUGUUGGAGUUUCUGAAUGCGAAUGAUUCUCACGGUAGGACUGCCCUUCAUGCUGCUGCUACGAACGAGAACGAAACUUGUACAAGAAUUCUUUUACAAGCUGGAGCCAAUCCGAAUAUAGCUGCUGAUUCGACAGAACAAUUCAAGACCCCUUUGCAUAUUGCUGCAGAGAACGGACAUUUGGAUAUCGCUCGUAUUUUGCUGGAGCACGACGCCGACAUAUUGGCGAAAGACAGCUCUGGACUGACUGCUAUGGACCUUGCCGAAAAAGCGGAUCACCCGCAUGUGAUGGAAUUGCUGAAAGCGACUGCGAAUGAUCGCGAGCAACACCGGGAAGAACUUCAUGUCGCUUUAUGGGAAGCUUGCAGUAAAGGUGAUGUAAAUAAAGCAAAGCAAUUAAUAAAACAGCUUGGAAGAGAAACUGAAUUGAUCAUCAAUAGUACUCCAAAUGGUUGCAGUACUUUGCUUUUCAAAGCCUGUGAGGAGGGACAAAAAGAAAUAGUCAAACUGCUCCUAGAAAAUGGUGCUGAUGGUCGGAUUCAUCCCAUUACUAAAUAUUCUCCACUGUAUAUUGCUUGCUACUACGGACGUAAAGACAUCGUUGAAAUUUUAAUCAAAAAAUUUCCCGAGCUUGUGAAUGUGGCUACAGUGGAGAAGUGGCUUCCUAUUCAUGCUGCAGUUAUAAAUGGCCAUAUUGCUGUGUUAGAUCUCUUGCUCAAAUUCCCAUAUGACUCCUCUGUCUUGCAGAGAUUCAUGGAUAAAACACAGCAAUGGGAGUACUUCUUUCCAUUUGAUGUGAAUGCGAAAGACGUUACAGAGCAAACCAUUUUAUACGUAGCUUGUCUUGUUGGAAAUCAAAGGAUAGUCGAUCUUCUUUUAAAAUUUAAAUUGCCUGCAAAACGAAUUAAGAAAGAUGACUCACCUGAUGAGAAAAAAGAUGAAAGUCAAAAGUCCGAUUCCAAUAUCAGCCCCACUAAGAAACGCCUGUCCAAUGGCAUCCAGAAUAUGAUAUCAAAAUUGAGUUUGAGAAAUAAUGUUGAAAAAGAAGAAGAGCGAACAGAAACUGAAGUCUGCCCAAUAGAUUUAGAUCUUUAUUGCAACAAUAACACAGAAACUGCGUUACAUAUCGCUGUUAAAAAGAAGCAUCACAGCAUUGUGCAACUUUUGCUCCUAAACUCUGCCAAUCCGAACCUUAGUAUCAAGCAAUCAGUCGAGGAACUCAAUCGAGCUAGUGAUAAUUCUGGUUCUUCAUCUACAGCUCUUGUUGAGGCUUGCAAAAAUCGUGACGUCAACAUGGUCGAUUGCCUUGUGCGAUACGGUGCACGAGAUGAUAAUUGCAAGGCGCUGAAAGUGGCAAGCUCCAACAAAGAUGAAUACAUAGCAUCUAAAUUACUAACUUUAAAAGCAUAUCAAGACCCCGAGUUUAAAAUUAACAAAAAGGCUUUGGAAAUCGUCCCGUCUGCACAUCUUGGUGGGUUGCUAGGAAGUGUAACAUUUAGUUCUAUGUUUCCGACUACACCUGUCAUGAUUAACUGGCAUGGUCAAAAGUGCUUACAGUACAUCAAGGAAGAGUGGUUAAUAAAUGCUAGUAUGGCCCACAAUGUGAAACUAAAACUGACAGCUCGAAAUCAGAGCAGUGCUUUGAUGGCCAUUACAAGAUUGGACAUAUCCAAUAACCAACUAACUGAACUGCCACUUUGUAUAUUCCAAAUGUCGUCAUUGCGUCAUUUCAAUGCUGCCAAUAAUAAAAUAUUUAAAUUGCCUGAAGCUGACAAGAAUUCAUCUUCCUCACCCAAAAAUAAACAGGAUUUUCGAACUGCUAAUCAGUCAGGUUGGUGUUGUCCGGUACUUGAAGAAAUCCAUUUACAUGACAAUAGGCUGGACAGCGUGCCUCCAUGUCUUUUCACCUUGCCAUCUCUAACAGUUUUAGAUUUAUCUAAUAAUAAACUUCAGACUUUGCCUUUCAAAAUGUGGUCAGCACCGAAACUACGAGAACUGAAUCUCUCAUUAAAUAUGCUUCAUGAUUUGCCAUCGAGACCUCCACCUGUUCGAUCCAUUUCUGCAUCCCGGUUGGCACCCAGCAUCAGUGAAGAUCAAGUCAAUUCAACUGAAUCUAGUCCUCGCCAUUCUACUAUUGAAUCUUCAUCUUUUGAUGGAUCUGGGGAUGUUCCGAAUCUAUUAUCACCGACACAAGAUAUUGAAAAGAGAUUAAAAAUGGACGGUGAUCUACGACAGCAGGAAUUGUUGCAUCAUAACUUAUGGAGUAGCUCCAUAAAGGUUGUUGAAUCAGCCAAUGGAAACGACACUGACAAGAAUCAUCGAUGCCAGUUAGCCGCCUUGAACCUGGCUCAUAAUGCGUAUGAAAGUGUUCCUCCAAUUCUGUCCUGUUUUGCUGUCAAUUUAGCUCGUUUGAAUAUGAGCUAUAAUCGCCUCACCGAAAUGGGACCUGUUAGCAGUUACCCUGCUUGUCUAAAGCAUUUAGAUCUUUCCCAUAAUCGAAUUAAAACUUGGCUUUCAACAAGAAGGAUUGAUCCUGAUAUCAACGUCGAUGGAACUGGAUGCUACAGCCAAUUCGAAUCCUGCUCUGUCAAAAUGAAAUCGAGUGGAUCAUCUAGCUCUGGUCGAACGCAGUCUCCAUCUUUACAUUCAUGGGGAUCUGCGAAAUCUCUCACUGGCCUAGUAUGCUCCCACAGGCGUCACGUGAAGCUGGAUAAUUUAAGAACAUUGAUCUUAGCCGACAACGAACUUGAUAGACUUCUGCUGGUGUUAGAAGACGAUGAUUUCGAAGAGGAGGAUUCUAGAUCAUCUGAAUCCUUUGAAACAAUAGAUGCAACUGGAAAGGUUAUGCAGUCAGAUAUCAAGAGUCGCAUUUUGUUCCCAAAUUUAUCCAUGUUGGAUGUGAGUAAUAACAGAAUAAGUGAAGUCCCUGCUGUUAUAUCGGAGUUUAGUAACCUCUCCGUUUUGAAUCUGAGUGGAAACAGUGGCAUUUGCCAGUUGCCUCCAGAAAUGGGUUUGCUUAGUAAACUGUGGAAUUUAAACACUCGAAUGUGCAACCUCAGCGAACCGUUAAGAAGCAUGAUCGAUAGCAAGAAGUACAAAACCAUGGAUGUUAUCGGAUAUUUGAAAUCAAUAUUAGAAGAUGCUAAACCUUAUGCUCGCAUGAAGCUUAUGAUUGUUGGCAUUGAAGGAAUUGGGAAAACAUCAUUAUUAGAACAGUUAAGAAUUGAAGGCACUGGCAGUUAUCGAAAGAAGCCACCUGAGCACUGGGCUAAAAGAACAGGCAACAAGAAUAUAAAUCUUAAAACAGCAAAAGGUAUAAACAUAUCUACCGUGGGAGUUGAUGUGGGUGAUUGGGUGUACGAGAAAAAAAUUCGAGGACAAUCUAGUUAUGGUCCUGUCGUUUUCAGAACAUGGGAUUUUGGAGGCCAAAAAGAAUACUAUGCAACCCAUCAAUAUUUCCUGUCUAAAAGAUCUUUAUAUCUAGUCGUGUGGCGUAUAAUUGAUGGUGAAAGAGGUGUUGAUGGUAUAUUGCAGUGGUUAGUCAAUAUACAGGCCCGUGCUCCUAAUGCUCCAGUAAUAAUCAUCGGAACUCAUUACGAUCUCGUAAAAGAACGCUUUCCACCUUCAUACUCUGAAGAUUUGCAGCAGAUGAUUCGUGAUAGAUUCAUCAAUGUUGUUGAUGCAGAUAAAUGCGGCUUGCCUCGAGUCAUAGAUACUAUAGAAAUAAGCUGCAAAACUAGGCAUAAUAUCAAGCUUCUAUGCAAUCUCAUAUAUGAUACAGUUUUUGAAUUGAAAUGCCCAGGAAGCAAAGAAAGACUGCUGGAGCAAAAAAUUCCUGCAACUUAUUUAGCUUUAGAAGAUGUAGUCGGUAUCCUUGCUGUUGAUAGACAUAUACAAGGGAAAGAUCCUGUAUUAAGGGCUGAAGCAUAUAGGAAUUUGGUUAUGCACGAAAUGAUGCAAAGGUAUAACAUCGCCUUCCGAGAUCUCUCGGAACUGAAUCAGGCCUCCACCUUCCUACAUGAAAAUGGAAUACUUUUGCAUUAUGAAGAUGCAACUUUGAAAGACCUUUACUUCUUGGACCCACAGUGGUUAUGCGACAUGUUGGCGCAUGUAGUUACCAUCAGGGAGAUUAAUCCCUUUGCCAGAAAUGGUAUCAUGAAAAUAGAAGAUCUGAAACAUGUUUUUAAAUCGUCUCAAUUUGCUCCAUCUGAUGCACAAACUUAUAUAUUAAAUUUACUGAAUAAAUUUGAAGUGGCAUUAACUUGGGACAAUCGUACUAUCAUCAUCCCUUCACUUUUACCCUCUGAAGAGCAGUUAAGAGCUGGUUUUCCUGGCUGUGAUGUGAGGGUUCCAGUGAGAUCACGAGUCUGGGCCAUGCGUAAAAGUUAUGGAAACAGAUAUUCUGUUGGCAAUACACCCUUGACGUUGAAAUUAACUACAACUGAAAAAAGACCUCAGCGUCCAGUCAGUGACGUCCCUCUUACAGCAGAAAGCAUUAGUUCUCCCAAAGUGACCGACCCCUUAGAAAAAGAUUCUGAAAAUCCUGGCAUAACUUGUUAUGUCCGUCACAAGACGCAGAUUGAAAAUGUAAUUCGACGUUUACUUCUAAUGUCGUACUUUCCAAGUGGCUUCUGGUCAAGACUGAUGACAAGGAUGCUAGCCGAUGAUAUUGUUGUAGAAAUCAUCCGCUCUUACUUCCUACUUCCUAAAGAUGUAGAUAUGGAUCCAUUACUUGCCGCUGUGUUCAACCGACGAGCCGAAUGGAUUUGUUGGCAGACAGGCAUGGAGCUCAGGUAUCUAGAUACCACUCUGUUUCGUAUGAAGGAGCAUUUAAGCCACCUGAACAACGCUCCUUUUGAGUAUCGCCAGAUGAAGUUCUUUGUUCAGCAAGAAGGAAGCUGGAGUGACAUAGAGAUAAUGAAUUCUGCUAUUCUGGAGAUUAUCUUGCCGAAUCAGACCGUCGUUAUUCAGAUUCCGAAAGUUGAUUCUGAAGGUAUUGUGAUUGCUUAUGAUAAUGUAGAGCUUCAACCUAACCCGGAAUGCGUUGCAAAACUGCUUUCUGUUUCGGUGGAUCACAUUGAUACACUUCUAGAAGACUGGUAUCCAACGUUGGGAACUCGAUUUGUACAUACCUCUGAAGGAAAAUUUCUAGUGACUCGACUUGUGCCAUGCACUCAGUGCAUUGUUGCUCAUGUCAAAGAGGAAACUGGCUGCUCUGAUAGAGGUCACUUUUCUGUGACUGACCAUGCUUGGGAACCAGGCCUUUGGCAUGGAGAUCCACCAUGGAAGACGGGGCUAGACUCCUGUUCAUCUCGAAAUUUAUCCAUGGGUAGCAGUGGCAAGCUUUCGUAUUCGCCUAAUCUCGCUCAGAAAAAUAGAGGCUCACGCAGCAGCACAAUGUCUCAUGAUAGUGAUAGUGGAGUAGGACCUGACAGCAAUAGCUCUAGUCGUAAACCUUCUACUGAAAGUCGACCGGAGGGUGAAUUGGCAUCCAGUAUGGAAAAUAAUAUGUGCAUUGAAUCUUUACCUGAAACUGUUAUAUAUAGUUUUAUGGUUGAAGAAUGCAUUUUGACUGCAUAUGAACAAAGAAUGCUUCAGUGUCCUUUACAUGGAAAUCAGUCAUUACUGCAAAUAGCUCCAGAUACAAUUUUUGUUGAUCUUGGAGAACGUUAUUUGAUCCCACCUGAUUCUGUGCGACGAGGAAAAAUGCUUGGAAGAGGAGCAUUUGGAUUUGUGUUCAAAGCCAAUAUUAAGCAAAGAGGUUGUAACACUUACACUGAAGUAGCAAUGAAAAUGUUGCAACCUGUUGAUCCAGGAUUUGGUGCCAAGCAGUCAGAUACUGCAGCAUACAAAGCCGCCUGGAAUAAGUGGCAGCGCGAUCCUUUACAAUAUGCUUGCAAGGCUUAUUGCACAGCACGCCAAGAACUGAAUAUUUUGUUAUCUUUACGCCAUCAGAAUAUAGUUCCUCUAGUUGGAGUCUGUACUAGACCCUUAGCCCUAGUCCUUCAGCUGGCACCUAUGGGAGCCUUGGAUUCUAUUUUAAAGAAUUAUAGGCGAUCAGGGGCUAAGCUAAAUGUUUAUGUUUUACAGAGAAUUGUUUUUCAGAUUGCCAAAGCAUUAGAAUAUCUGCAUCAACAACAUAUUAUCUAUCGUGAUCUAAAAUCUGAAAAUGUGCUUGUUUGGGAACUUCCUCCUCCAUUCCAUCCGUCUACUCCCAUUCCACCGGUGGAAACAAAGUUAGCUGAUUAUGGAAUCAGUAGAUCCACUUUGCCUACUGGUACUAAAGGCUUUGGUGGCACGGAAGGCUUCAUGGCACCCGAAAUCAUGCGUUACAAUGGUGAAGAAGAAUACACAGAAAAGGUUGACUGUUUCUCAUUUGGCAUGUUCAUGUACGAGCUAAUUACUCUUCAUCAACCAUUUGAAGGCCAAGAAUGCGUGAAAGAUCAUAUCUUAGAUGGUGGACGACCUUCGGUGACAAAACGGGAUAUGGCUUAUCCAACAUAUCUCUUGGACUUGAUGACGCUGUGUUGGGCACAACAUCCAAAAGAUCGACCUUCAGCUAGUCAAAUAGUUUCAAUUGCACAGGCCCCAGAACUCACACAUUUGGUGGAUGUGGCAUCUCUGCAUGAUCAGAUGGCAGUGCUAAGUGCAUGCGUUACGACUUUGCCUCCUAAAAAUGAUGAGCAAAGUGCACAAGAUACUCAGUGGGAGCUAUGGUUUAGUCGGUUAGGAAAGCAGAUGGACAUACUGACCUGCAGUAAAAAGUCAUGGCUUGAAUAUAAGACCUUGACAUUGGAAACUGUCACUGUCACAUGUUUGUGUGUUGUUGGAGACGACUUGUGGCUGGGAGAUUCCAAGGCACGAAUUCACAUUUAUAAUAUUGCAGAUCACACAAUGACCACCUCCUUUUCUGUGGACCCUUAUGCUCCCACAGUGUCAGCUAUUAGAAGCAUGUGCACAUUGCCUGGACAGAAUGGUGUUGCUAUGGCAACAAGUGGAGGCCAGCUGUGGCUUUGUUGCAUGAAUAGUCCAGAAGUAGAGGAGGCUGUAGAAGAUGCUGAAGAACAUGAUUCUUCACAUUAUAACAUUGAAGAGCUUGUGAAUAGCGGAGGAUCCAUCUUUUGUAUUACUGCCAUUGAUUUAGGGGAUAAGAAAUGUGAGUUGUGGUGUGGGCAAACACAGGGAAAGAUAUCUAUAUAUUCCACUGUUGAUUCUACAGUUACAAACCAGGAAAUCGUGUACCAUUAUGAUCCUAUUGUGGACAACUUGGAUGUUUAUCAGUUAGUUGGAGGAUUUUGUGACAAACCAAUUGUUUGGUCUUAUGUUUAUCCAGGCUGUGUCGCAUAUCAGUGGGAUACUGCUAAUAGAACGAUUUUGCACAAAUUAGACUGCUCAAAACUUGCACCUUGUUCAGAAAGUCUCAUGUCUAUCAGUAUUGAAGAACAUUUGAGCCCUGGGCGAUGUCAAGUGACUGCCAUGGCCAGUGUUGGUAGUGACUUGUACAUAGGUACAACGUGGGGGUGUAUUGUGGUUGCUGAAGGAACAACCAUGCGACCCAUCACGGUUUUCCGCCCCUUUGAAGAAGAGGUAAAAGCCAUCCUACCCCUCCUCAGCAGAAGACCACCUGACAGUAAAGACCAGUCCUCUUCUCAAAACAAUGCCGAUUAUAUUCCUUACAUAGCAACUGUUGGCAAAGGUUACAGAAACCUUAUUGGACGGUAUAUAUCCAUCAAUGCACCUGCACUGCUCCAAGAUAACAUGUUCUUGUUACUCUGGAGAGCGGAUAAUUGGGCUUCUGCAUAAGUAAUAACUUUGCAGAAAUCAACAUCACACGAGGCAUUUUACUUUUCAUGAAAUGUGAUAUGUACAUUUGAAUAUAUAUAACUUGUAAAUAUUAUCCUAAACUUUGUAAAUAGUAUAAAUUGUAAAUAUUUUCUGUGUAUGUUUUCGUCUGAAGAUUAACUUAUGUUGUUCUUUCUUAUGUUUCAUCUCAAAAUGACUAAUCACAAGUUAUUUUUUGAUCACUAAAUGAAUCUUGUUUUAUAAUAGUUUAGACUCGAAGAACUAAUAAGGAAAUAUCAUUUCCUCAUACGUAAGAAAUGCAAUUGAUAGAUAUGUAUAUGCUGUAAAAAAGAAGCAAAAGAAAGAAAAUCUAGUCAAUUUUAAAUGUUACUAAAUAAUCAGUAAUUGAAAAUUUGCUUAAGAAAGCUAGAACUAUUUGUAGUAAAGUUUGAAAAAAUACACUGGAAGUAUGUGAAAUCUACAGAAUCAUUAAUUAUAUAAAUCUAAAAAAAAAAAUGUGAAUAAUAGUAUAUUUUUGUCCUUUAACAAUGACAGAAUUAUAUGACAGUUGUUCUAUAAAUAUUAAUAUUGUUUUCAAUAUAUUUUGAUUGAAUAAUAUCUUAGUUUGAAACGACGUAACUGGUAAUUGAGAAAUAUUACUAUAUUCAAUCUAAUCAGCAAAAUCUUCACAGAAGAUUUUCUUAUCCAUUGCAUUAGAGCAUUCUUGAAUAACAGAGAAAAAUAUGUUUAUAAACAUAUAGCUAACGGAUAUUAUUCUUGUGUAAAUAACAUAAACUGCAUAAAAUACUUUAAAAAUUUGAGGUGUACUUGCAAAUAAAAUGAAGAAUACACGUAUAUUUUGCAGGAAAUUCUAUAUUCCACCUUCAAUUUCAGAAGUGACUUUUAAAAAGUAUCUUUAUAUUAUGAUAAAAGAUCUAAAUUAUUAACAUAUACAUUUUCUUAAAUACAAUAAAAUUUAAGUGAUGAAGCAUUUUUGUUUUCUCUUAGCGCUAUUUUUUGAUCAAGAUGCUAAAAAUUUACAAAAUUAUUAUGCUCCUUGAUUGCUACAAAUUAUCUACAGAUUAAAAAGGGUUUGAAAAAAAUCUCAUGUUAUGUUAUUAUCUUUUUUUUUUUUCUUUUUUUUUUUACUGUUUUUACCUUGUAUUAAACUGUUACUUUUUUCUCAAAUAGCCAUAUCUUGUUAACACAUUGUAUUUUUAAAUUAUUUCACCUUUAAUAUAUAGUAAUCAUAGCGGAAAUUCAAUAGCUGGUAAUUUCAUAGAUAGUUUGAAGUUUUAUGCAAAAUUUACAUAUUAGUUUCUUUUUAAUUUUAUUGGCUAUAGUCAAUUUCAUAUUUUAUUAGUAGAUUUCUUGUGUAAGUUUUGAAUGUUUAGCCAUAGACAACGAUUUUAUUAAACAAUAGAUCAGAGUUCAAUGUAAUAUUACUUUUAAAACUUGCUAGUUUUUCGAUUUGUGUGUUUUAGUCAUAGAUCACGUUUUUAUUCAAGUUAUACACAGGUUAUAGGUUUACUAACUGUCAAUAUUUUUAACAAUUUUUGAAUCAUUUUU